GGCACCAUUGAAGUCAGCCAUUAGAUUCCUUCACGCGGAUCACCAAACUCUUUGAUGAUCGUAUGCAUCUAGAUUCUGCUUUGCUCCCAUCGAGUCCUGGACAACGACUUUUAACGUCCUGAGUUGCAAACGCUAACCUUUUGGUAGAGAUUCUCCUGCACGCGUUCCUUUUUUUUUUUAGAAGAUCAAGUAGUAUACAAUUAAAGCAAUCCAGCACGAAUGAACAAACAUUAAAUGUUAUUGGGGCCCAAGAAUCCGUCCACAAUUAUAUAGUAAAAUGUACAAGUACGCAGUUUUGUUGGAUAAACUACUGGACGUAAUGAGUCCUGACCGUCGGUCAAGCUUUGCGUAGACGUGAGUGAGCCUUCCAUCUGUGUGCUAGCUGUAGUUUCUGUUACGUCCGAUCUCGCGACUGCUAUCAACAGGGGCGAUCUUUGAGCAGCGCAAUAGAAAAACUUCAUUUUGUUGUCUCGAUCAUCGCUCGCACUUCUAGAUCGUGAUCAAUCCUCUUUGCUGUCCGACAUCCUUGUCAAACGCAAAAAGAAGGCCCCAUGUCGUCGAACCCACCACCAGCGUACACCACCCCACCCAAAAACGAAUCGUUCUACUCGACAGUCGCUCAAAGCCGACGGACGCUGAAGAGUGAAUAUCUGGUGCCUCCUCGAUCGGGAUAUGCCUUCACGGUUCCCAAGGGCCAUGUCUUCCGCUUGAGCACGCCUGACGGGCCUCAAGUCGGCGACCUCAAUCUCUGGAACCAGGAGAAUCCACGGGAACGAUUCUGGGCAUCGCGAACGCGUCAGCUUCAGGCAAGCCACGUCACAGUAGGCGAUAGACUUUGGAGCUGUCUUCCGCACUUGAGGCCGAUGGUCACUAUUGUUGCGGACAGCCUUCGCGACUACGGUGUCGAUCGAUUCGGCGGCCGGUGUCACGAUCUGCUCGGAACAAGGUGCGACCCGUACGUCAACAAACUCCUUACGGGGGACGACUACGACUACCAAUGCCACUCAAACCUGACUCGGGCAGUCAUACCCUACGGGCUGACCGAGUACGACGUACAUGAUGUCCUCAACGUCUUUCAAGUCACUGGGCUGGACAAGGACGGCAAGUAUUUCAUGGAAGCGUCGCCUGCCAAGCCUGGCGACUACAUAGAGUUCUUCGCCGAGAUGGACCUGCUCUGCGCGCUGUCGACCUGUCCUGGAGGAGACUUGAGCGCUUGGGGUUGGGGGGAAGGUUCAGGUGGGAAGAUGAAGGACGUGUGCAGGCCGAUCAAAGUGGAGGUGUUUGAGCUGGACGACAAGACUGUGUUAAAUGCAUGGGAUCCUCCAAGAAAGCCCCAAUACGUGGGAGCCCACGGGAUGAAAAUACCUAUGGGCGAGACAAAGGGAUGAAGCCGAGGGCGAGCGACGCUUAUGGCUGCCGCAUCCAUGAAAAUAGAACAACGAGGAGGCUUUGCCUGUGUUCGCGAAAAGGAAAUUUUUUUGUACAAAGAAAUUAUGUCAGGACCAAUUUCUUAGAGGAUUGCGCAUACGACAUCAUUUGUGUAUGUUAUCCUUUAUUGGAAAUAAAGCAAUCACUAUCACCUGCAUCUGAUCUUUGCGUCCUAGUCUAAUCAAUAAAAAGGGAAAUGCC